AUGCGGAGAGGGCAACUGAAAUCGUCACUGACGAGGUUUGAGAAGUUCAUAAGAGAAUUAAGUGAAGGCGAUGAGAUAGAUCAACUAAAAUUAAGGAGGCAAAAGAUAGAAGAUAUAUGGAGCGAGUUUGAUCAAGUUCAAAGUGCCAUUGAGAUAGAAUCGGAAGAAGAAAGUCAAGCGAUUUAUCGAAAAGAAUUUGAAGACGUAUUUUUUAAAAGUGUUGCUGCAGCUGAUAGUUUUAUUCAAAAUAAAGAAACCCCUAAAGUAAAUAAGAGAGUCCCACAAAUUAUAGAGGCCGACGAACAUAAUAUAUCGUUAUCUAAAUUGCCUAUAAAUUUACCACCAGUAACGUUACCAAAUUUUUCCGGUGAUUAUUAUGAAUGGUCAACAUUUUAUGAUUUGUUUAAUAAUUUAAUUCAUACAAAUACUAGUUUGAUGCCGAUUCAAAAAUUUUUUUAUUUACGCGGUUCGUUGAGCGGAGAUGCCUUAAAUUCGAUUAAAUGUCUAAGUAUGUCAGCUGAAAAUUACACUGCGGCUUGGAAAACAUUAACAGAGCGGUUUAAUAACACAAAGGUUAUCGUACAAAGUCAUGUAAAAGCGAUUUGCGACAUGGAACUCUUGAGUAGUGAAUCUGCUAUAAAACUAAGGCAAUUUAUAGAUAAAUUAAGUAAUCAUAUUCAAUCUUUGAGAACACUUGGGUACGAGCCGAAUAAUUGGGGUCCGUUAAUGGUACAUAUGGUUAUGAUAAAAUUGGAUAAAAUGACUUUACGCGCUUGGGAAACGUCCGCUUGUCAAAAAAAAGUAGCCGAGCCAAAUGAAUUAUUAGAAUUUUUAGAAAGCCGUUUUAAAAUAUUAGAAUCGAUGGAAACAUCAAAAACGAUCGCUACGCGUGUUCUAGGAGUAAAUGAUCUAAGCAGUAAAAAUCAGAAUAUAAAGAAAAAUUUAUUUACUAAAUCAUUUGCAGUAGCUGUUAAGUCAUUAGAAUGUUUUGUAUGUAAAGGUCCACAUACAAUUUAUCACUGUCCAACUUUUUUAGCGUUAUCCGUGCAAGAGCGUAUAAAUAAACGCACGCCACCCAUAAUAGCUGAUCUGAACGUUAACAAUAUCACAGCGAUAUCCGAAUCGGUAGAACCGACAGCAACAACUAGCGCGCACAACGCCAUAAUCCCUACCUUAGAACAAGUCGUUUUAUCAACCGCGGUAGUAUCAGUACGGGACAAUAAUAAUAAAGUACAACCAUGCCGUCUUUUAUUAGAUUCCGGUUCACAGAGCAAUUUUAUUUCAGAAACAUUAGUACAGGAAUUAAAAUUGAAAAAGAGAAAAAUAGCUCAUACAGUAAUCGGUAUAGGCGAAACUAUAAAAAAUAUACCCGCGUCAGUUGAAAUACUAAUUGAGUCGCAUGUAAAUCNGUCAGUUGAAAUACAAAUUGAGUCGCGUGUAAAUAAUUUUUGUUUAAAUAUAAGGUGCUUAGUGGUACCCAAGGUAACUGGUAGUUUACCUACACGGAGGAUAAGUGAAAAUGUGCAGAUGCCCGGUCAUAUAGUAUUAGCAGAUCCAUUGUUCAGAAAUCCCCAAAAGGUUGACGUAUUAUUGGGGGCGGAACAAUUUUAUGAAGUUCUCGAAACUGACCGGUUAAAGAUAUUUGAAGGCGGACCGACGGCUCAAAAAACAAAAAGGAUUANUGAAAAAUGUGAUAAUUGUAGUGAUCGACUAGAAGGAUUGUUAACAAAAUUUUGGAAAUUAGAAUCGAUAGAAAAGGAAUACCCUUUUACUUUAGAAGAAAAUAACUGUAAAGAAAUAUUUGAUCAUACAGUAACGCGUGAUGAAACUGGCAGAUUUAUAGUAAAAUUACCAUUUCGUAAUCAACUAACUGGUCUCGGUGGUUCUUAUGAAAUAGCCAAGCGUCGAUUGUUAUGUUUAGAAAAACGAUUUAAGAGCAAUGUAAAAUUAAAAGCUGAAUAUUCAAAAUUUUUGUUAGAAUACGCAAACUUAGGACAUAUGACUGAGGUAAUCAAUGAAAAGGAACAGGACAAGUCAUUAUGUUGUUAUUUACCUCAUCACGCGGUGUAUAAUGAAAAUAGUACUACUACCAAAAUUAGGGUAGUAUUCGACGCAUCGUGCAAAACAGAAUCGGGUGUAAGUUUGAACGAUUGUCUAUUAAAAGGACCAACUAUUCAAGAUGAAUUAAUAUAUAUUUUAGCCAGGUUUCGCACACAUAAGUUUGUUUUAACUGGUGAUAUUGUAAAAAUGUACCGCCAAAUAAGAGUCACCGAAGCAGAUAAAAGGUAUCAACAAAUAUUAUUGCGUGAAAAUCCAGAGGAUGCCAUUCGGACGUUUAAAUUAGAAACUAUAACUUAUGAUACAGCACCAGUUAGUUUUUUAGCUACUGCUUGUCUAAAAUGGUUAGCUGAUGAAGAAAAAACAAAUUAUCCCAAGGCAUGUGAAGUACUUGGUCGUGAUUUUUACAUGGAUGAUUUACUUACAGGAGCGCAAUCGAGAGAAGAAAUUGUUAAUUUACAAGGUGAGCUUAUUGCUGUAUUGAAAAAGGCUGGAAUGGAGUUGUCAAAAUGGGCGUCUAACAUACCUGAUUUAUUAAGUGAUAGUAAUGAUCGUAUGAAGGUAAAAUUAAAGGAAACAGAAGGCCUAUUAAGUUCAAAUUCAAAGUUAAAUAGGGUUUUAGGUUUAUUAUGGGAAGCACGCAGUGAUGUUUUUAAAUAUAAUGUGUUAAAAAUGACGGCAGAUAGUAAUAUUACAAAGAGAAUUAUUCUAUCUUAUAUAUCAACAAUAUUUGAUCCAUUAGGAUUUGUCGGUCCGGUAGUUUUACGAUGUAAGCUACUGAUACAGAAAUUAUGGCAAUCGCCUAUCGGGUGGGAUGAGCCGUUAUCUGAAGAAUUAGUAAAUGAGUGGCGUAGUUAUAGCGGCGAUUUAUUAUUAUUGAAUAGCAUAUCGAUAGCAAGACGGUGCGGUGAAAUAGAUAAUUGUACUGAUAUACAGGUACACGGUUUUGCCGACGCAUCAUUAAAGGCCUACGGGACAUGUAUAUAUUUACGAUGCACAAAUAAUAAUGGAAAUCGUACAGUACACCUUAUCGGCGCGAAGUCCAAGGUAGCGCCAUUAAAAACAAUAACAUUACCGCGUUUGGAGUUAUGUGCUGCGUUAUUGUUAGUGCGACUCGUUAAUAAAUUUAUACCAAAAUUAAAUUUAAAUAUCCAGAAGAAAAUGUUUUGGUCUGACUCUAGAGUCACAUUAGCAUGGAUAGCGUCCUCAUCCAGUCAAUGGAAAACUUUUGUUGCAAAUCGAGUAGGCGAAAUUCAAAGUUUAAGUGAUCGGACGGAGUGGGCGCAUGUAAGGGGCGAAGAAAACCCAGCGGAUAUUUUAUCGCGCGGUAGCGAAGUGAGGCAAUUGGUGCAAAAUGAACGAUGGUGGAGUGGUCCAGAAUGGCUCAGUAAAGACGAAGAUGAAUGGCCUAUUAAUUCUGAUAGUCUAAUAUUAAAUAAUAAAGAAUUGGAAGUGGAAGNACUGAUAGUCUAA